AUGUUUUACACCUACGCUGAGAAGAAAAAUAGAUCAUUCUUUGGGGAUUGGCAUCUUCGCGAAGUUGCUUUUGAUACCAGACGCCGUUAUUUGUACUACACAGAGCCCCUUGGGUGGUCCCUUGCCAGUACCACUCAACCCCCUCCGCAUGCUAGCAACCCCCACGCAACCGUGGCGGCAAUCAACGAGGAGAGCAGCAACGACCACCACCACAACCACCGCAUCAACCACACGUCGGCGUCGUCGGCCUCGACGGAGGUGGAGACUUCCGGCGGACGGGGAGGAAGCCGCACGCGGGAGGUUGAAUCAUCGGAAUCCGCGGCGGUGGCGGCGGCGGUCUGCCCAAUUGCAUUCUGGCAUCGGGCGCGUUGGGAAGGCAAAAUGAAGGUCUUUGACAUCGUUCCCGUCGCCACGGUACGGAAAUUCGACCUCCACGAUCCCACUUUGCGAGAGAACGACUUCUUUCAGAUCAAAAUCCUUGGCGAAGGGCGGCGGCUGCUCAAGGAUGAGGUUCCCCCGGUCGGACCGCUGCUUUGCCCCUCCGCCGGGUUUACCACCCUCCACCCACGCUGCUCCCUCGAAGACGAGGACUUCAUCAAAGACCCGCAUCACCUGUUGGAGCUUUUCGAGGCCAUUCGCGAUCAGUUCGAGGAGAUGGAGCACGAGCGGCGGCGGGCGAGACGAACGGGCGCGGCGGCGACCCCCGAUCCCCACCCCACGCAAACCCUCAAAUCCCCCACAAACCCCCCUAAUGGGGGCUAUCCGAAGAAGAAAAUCACCCUUCGUUGUCGGGAAGAGCUCGAGUUUCGUCGGUUUUGGUUUGUGUUGCAGAGUGUGUUGGGGUAUGAUAAGUUAAUGCUGCGGCCCUAUCGCGGGUUGCCGCCGUACGACCCCCGUAACGGCGUCUCCUUCGCCCACAUCCCGAUGCUCGUUUGGCAUACCUUUAAGGCCCUGGACAAAGCCGUGUUUUACGUCUUCACGCGCGGCGAUCUGCUCGGGGUGGGGGAAUCCAACACCUUGGAAGUCUUAUUAGAAGGCGCGUAUAUGUGUAUCACGCACGAUAUGAUUCUUUUCAUGCGGGACACCGGGAACAUCCCUUGGUGGUUGCGGCAGCACCACAUUAGCGAGCUCUAUUAUCGUGUGGGGGAAGGGGGAGAACCGUUUCUUGCGUUUUUGUCCGACCCCCCGGCGCGGGAUGUGAUUUUUAUUCCACGGCCCCCGGCCUACGGCGCGCGCGCGAUCGCGGGGUACGACCCUCGUUUCGACGUCAAACACGCGGUGCGGGUGAUGAGCGACGUCUGCUUCGCCUCCCUGGACGUCCGACGGGCGAUUCGGAUUGGGGAGGUCGAGGACGCCACCGCCGCGGCUUUUGUCCGCCGCCUCGCCGGCGAGGAGCGGGCGGGGAAUGGAGAGGGGGAACGAAGAAGGGGCGAGGAAAGCAGAGCGGGAGGAGGGGGCGGCGGCGGAGGCGGGCGGCCGUUGCGCGCGCAGGGCGGCGGUCUUCUCGCGCAGGGCGUGCUGAGCUGCCCGCUCCCGAAAGAGCAGCUGGCGAGCGUCUGGGAGCAGGUCCAGGCGGAGCUCCGGGCGCGCAGCGAGAUCGUGCGGAGCGCCGCGAUCCCGAUCACGGAGCGCAACGCCCGGGAGGUUUGCCUUUCCCGUGAGCAGCUCACCAUCCUCGCCUCGCAGCUGGAGGAGGAGCGGGAGCGGUUGGAUGAUAUCGUGGGGAUGCCACUCGAGCGCGCGCAGCAGAUGCGGCCAAUGAUCAGAAGAGGAAGCGGAGCUCUUCCCUCGUCCUCUUCCUCUCCCACCUCCCCGCUCCACACGGGGUGGUUCGAAACACCGCAGCUCAUCGCACCGCCACGGCGAAUCACCCCACCAAGACGCUCCGGCGCGAGCAGUGGGAGUGAACGCUCGAGUUAUCUCAUGCCCGGUACGCGAUACCUCACGGCAGAAAGCGAAAAGGAAUCGGAGAAUGCGAAAGGGGAUGUGGCGAGUGGGAAUCGGGAACCCGAUGGGGUGCCCCGCGGGGAGGAGCGGACGGUGGAUGAAAUUAUUGAUAGGUGUAUGCUUGCGAUGGGUAUGAUGAACAAAUGA